CCAUUACAAAUACAAAAAAAUCGAGGUAAAGCUUUUAGUUAUUCUUUUUCAGAAGUGACCUGGCCACAAAUGAUAGUUCAUCCAAGUGGAUUAUCACAUGGAUUUUAUAGACUCAAAACAGUGUGCUGCUUAUAUUGUUUGUAUGGUGGUGGCCCAUCUAACUACUAUCCAGCUUCAUGUCUUCUUAACUUCCGAGAUUGAGCGGACUCAUGGAAAAACGUAACAAUGCAUAUUGUAUAUUUGAUCACCAGUUCAUAUCAGCUCACACUUGACCUUCAAACCAGAGGUCACCAGUUCAUAGCAGCCCACACUUGACCUGGAAUCCAGAGGGCACCGAUUAGAUUCCAUCUCCCGGCAGCGCGGUAGUUGUGAAACACUUGGGGGGGCGAGUUGAUUACAUCUCUGUCCACUCAGCUGUACGCCUGGCUCCAGUAUGCACGGUCAGCCCAUCGGCCAAGUCGCCUUCGCUCGCUUGCUAUCCGCGCCCGUGUCCCCGUGUCCCUCCCUCUCUCUGCAGAAGGGCGGUGCGGGCGACAGCCUCCGCCGGCUGGAGGAUGCGGUGCACCAACCCCGACUGCUCAAGCACACCGCGCGACGGAGACCGCUUCUGUAGUCAGUGUGGCCGGAGUCUUGGGGAUGUGAGCAAAUCGCCCGCUCCUGCUGCUGCUGCUACAGGUCCUGGUGCUGCUCCUGCUGCGACUGCUGCUGCUGCCGCUGCUCCUGUUCCUGCUGCUGCUGCUGCUGCUGCAGCUCCUGCUGCAGCUCCUGCUGCAGCUCCUGCAGCCGCCGAGCGGUCGGAUGUGGCAGCAACAAGGUCUGACCAGCCUGGUCACGAGGCAGCAGCUCAUGAAGGUCGUGGCCCCUCCUCCUCGACGGACGUUGGGACUCCUCGAACGGACGAAGGCGGAACGUCCUUUGCCGGUGACGAUGGGCGGCCGGGGGAAGACGCGCCUGCGCCCGGCGUCAACCCGCCUGCUCCGGGAGACUCGCCGACGUGCGCAGGAGGUCGCACGACUUCCCAAGGCCCCUGGGAAGUUGGCGCCGAGGGUUCCCGUCCGGAGGAAUCGUCGCCGUCCCGUGACGGCCGGCCCGGAGACCCUCUGGGUUCGGCGGGCGACGAAUGUGGGGCCGAGCGAGGGGACCUGUCGGCGGCGCGUGGGGCGGACGAGCGGGCCGGUCCGGCAAGCUCACCAGCGGCGUUCGGCGGUGAGCGACGGUGUUCAGCCGGUGAAGCAACUGCCGAAGAGAAGCGACCGCCUUCGGAGACCGCAGAAUCACACGAAGACAACGAGACCACACCGUCACGUACUGACGAUGUCACACACCCUGAGGCCACACCGUCAUGUACUGAUGAUGUCACACACCCUGAGGCCACACCGUCACAUGCUGACGAUGUCGCACACCCUGAGGCCACACCGUCACGUACAGACGUCACGCACCCUGAGGCCACACCGUCAGCUACAGAUGUCACACACCCCGAGGCCACACCGUCACGUACAGACGUCACACACCCUGAGGCCACACCAUCACGUACAGACAUCACACACCCUGAGACCACACCGUCACGUACAGACAUCACAUACCCUGAGACCACACCGUCACGUACAGACGUCAGACACCCUGAGGCGACACCGUCACGUACAGACGUCGUCACACACCCCGAGGCCACACCGUCACGUACUGACGUCACACACCCUGAGGCCACACCGUCAGCUACAGACGAUGUCACACACCAUGAAGACAGGGCCACGUGCUCUGCGGAAUCAUCGGCACGUGGAGACUCCACGCCUGGCCACGACUCUCAAGGUGGCCGGGCCCCGGUAGCUGACGGAGGCGGACGCACAGAGCGCCUGACACCGCUGAGUUCGAGCUCUGGGCCCAGUGGGACAGUUCCACAGGAGAGAGACAACGUGGAUCUUUGGCGGCAAGGCGAGCAGGAGGGCCGCCCCAAGAUGAGUCUUCACUUCCACGCUGUGCUCUCGAAGGAUUUUCAUUUCGACCCGAGCCGCAACCGCCUGGAGCUGCGAUCGCAGGACCUGGCAGGGAAUUGGAUGACUUCCGCUGGCCGCCUGGACUUGAAGAGAGAUCUCGGGGAGAGUGGAUUGCUGAUGGAGGGGUGCUGCGAUGUGAGCAUGGAGACCUUGCGGAGCGGGAAGAAUGUCGCCUACAAAUACGUGGUGGUGAAGGAGUCUAAGAUCAAGUACGAGUGCAUCUACAAGCACGACAAGCCCAAGGACGUGCAUCUCAACCGCUCCAUGUUUGUUCCCCCCGAGUACUGCACCAAAGACGGCUCGUGGCAUCAGUACGACGACGUCAUCUGCGCGCCGCCGCCCGGCAGCUUGGUCGCGUUCUUCAAGGACAAGUUCAAUCUGAACAAGGACGUGCAGAACGGCAAGAGGCUGGCCGGCCGAGUGCACCUGGAGGAGAUCUGUGGGAACCUUCGCGCCUGCACCCCGGACAAUCUGGAGAGUUUCUUCAACCAUUUGUGGCAGUUCACCCAUUGCUUUGGUAACCCCUGGAUCCAUGAAGGGCGUCACAAGCGCUGGGUGGAUCUGGAGUUUGGCAAAGCACAGGUGAACGAGAUGUUGUCGGAUCUCAUCGUGAAGAUCGUCAAGAGCCACACCGACCGUGACUCGGCCGCCAGCGUCCUGCCUCUCUCCGCGGCGGACUCGGCGAUGAUCGCCGCCCGACUGCUGCACGAUCACGAGAUCGGCCUUCCCGCCGCCCAACUGCAGGCCAUCUGCCAGAUGCUGUCUCUGCCCGCCGGCCAGAACGAGAGCGCCAUCAGAGACCGCUGCCAGGCCCUCUCCCUGAACAGCUGGCUGGUGCCAUCACUCACGGCCCUCUGCUCCAGCUGUGCCAAGGCCGGCCUCCCCGAUUGGCUGCUGGCCGUGCCGCUGCUGCACUUUGUGAGCGGCAGGGCGGCGCCCUUCACACCCGGCGUCGAGGGUCUCGACGCGGAGGGGACGUGGGCCGGCCUGCAGGGCGUCGCGUACGGCGACAUGCGCAGACUCGUCUACGGAAACAGGGACACCAAGAGACGCCUGAUCGAGCUGCUCGUGGAGUUCAAGCAUCUUCUCGACAUGGACCGGCUCCUCCCGCGCGCCACGCUCGGCUGCCUCUUCCCCUCCAACGUCCCCGAAUUGCUCGAGUUGCUGCCGCUGCCCCCGCUGGACGUCGUGCGCUACGUCUGCUUCCGUCUACGGGCGCUGACACAGCAGCAGCACCAGCGGCAGCAGCAGCAGAAGAAGACCGAGAGCCAGGCUCUGCAGAAGGUUUUAGAAAUCGUGACGAACAAGGUGGGGGGCGUUGACCGAGGGAGCGACCCGGCUGGUGGCGCCGACGCCGUCCCACCGGAGAUGGCGCUGCGCAUCGUGGAGCUGAGCUGCGAAGUCGCCGGUUCCCCCGGCCCCGCCGAGGAGCUCCACCGGCUGCUGCUGAAGGCGCUGCUCUUUGCCGGCGCCGUGCUGCGCUUGAGCGGCCCCCCGGCCCCCCGCGGCUCCCACACGCAGAGGCCCACGGGACUCUCGGAGGAGGGCGGCAAGGCGGCCAUGUUGCCGGCCUCCUCAUGCGAGGAUGUUCUGCGGAGGGCAGUGUCGUGCAUUGUGGGAAUCUUCCCCCCACGUCUCCUGGAUUCCAGCGCCAUUAACCUGAAGUUCGAAGACACGUUGGAGUUCGAGACCUGGAGCAAGUACCUGGGGGUGUCUUUCGGAGACGCGAAGCGCGAUGCGCUGUGGACCGCCUGGCUCUUGCAGGCCGUCCGUGAGCGCAUGGCCCGGGAGACGCCCCAGCGGCAGGUGGAGGUGUACUGCCACGCAGGCACCAGGUCGGCGGCCCUGCACCCCGCCCUGUGCAGCUGCCUCGAGACCACGGCGCUGGACGUCAUUCACAUCAUCUGCCAGAACAAGCGGGAGGGGGAUCUGGUGCGGCAGCUGCCGGAGCACGACCUCCGCGCGUUCGGCAAGGUGCUGUCGCGCGUCGUGGAGCAGGCGUGGCCGCGGCGGGGCGGGCGGCACGUCGAGGAGAUGGAGGAAGUCGUGAGGCACCUCCUCACCUGGGACGCCGCGCCCAACGUCCUCAAGAUGCACGGCACGAGCCAGAUGCUCAUGGAGAGCCUGGGAGAGGCUGCGAGGAUUUUGGUGGCGUCGGGGUUGUCGUCGCUGCAGCUGCUGCUGCACUCCGUGCUGGACGGCUCUGUGAAGCUGGGGCUGCUGCGCAUCGUGCUGGAGCGGCGCGUUGCCUUCUGCAGGGUGCAGGGGUCGUUGGACGGUAGCCCCGGGCUCAGCACCUUGGAGGCGGUGCUGGACGCGAGGCAGCGGGCGGUGAAGGCGGUGGACGAGGAGGCUCGCAGCGUGCAGGCCUUGCUCAACUUGUGUCGCACGGUCCAGGAGUUCCUCACAGUGGACGUGGAGCCGUUGGAACGCCAGUGUCGGUCCGACCGCAGCGACUGCCGCCUGGACGCCGUCGUGCGUGUCGACCCGGGGCGGCUCGACGCGGAGGCCUUCGCCCGCACGCCGCAGGUCACCGGCUUCGGCCUGACGGUCGAGCUGCGCGUGAUGGCGCGCCAGUUCUCCCGGCUGGAGAGCAGCUGGCUCUUCGACAGCCUCUGGAAGGACUGCGCCCGUGCGGCGUCGUCGGCGGCGGCGGCGCCCGUGCCCCUGGAGCGCCUGCGCGUCGCGACGUGGGCGCCCUGCGUGCAGCGCCUGCGCUCGCUGCUGGGCGCCGUGCGCACCGGCGCCGUCCCGCUGGACGACGCGCGCCGGCUGUUCGCGCCCGCGUUCGCCGGGAGCGCGGCGCGGGCCCCCGCCGUGGCCAACCUUGAGAAGGAGCUGCGGCUGCUGCUGGCGGCGGUGGGCGACGGCGUCACCGCGGCGCGGGAGACGUCGUGGGUGGAGGAGCGAGCGGAGCAGAUCGCGGACUUCCGCGAGCUGGGCCUGGCCACGGAGGCAGCCGGCGCGGUGAAGCGAGCGAAGGACGCUCUGGGCCUCACCGGGGAUUUCUCGGUUCUGGACUCGCUCACCGACCUGGAUGAGAGUUUGAAGGAGAAGCAGUUGAAGUGCAUCACCAGGGCUCUGGUCAAUGCCAAGAAUAUCCUGGCCGGGAUCGACAAGAGAGGCAUCGACUGCCUGGACGUGCUCGCGCGCAGCCGGGACUUCAUCAGAUGGGUCCGCGAGUCCGUCGGGAAGCUGAGCGAGCUGAAGGUGUUUGUGGACCUGGCGUCCAUCUCGGCGGGGGAGAACGACGCCGACGUUGACCGCGUCGCCUUCUUCCACGACGCCGUGCAGGGCUUCUCCUCGCUGCUGUACGAGCUGCCGCCCUCCGCCAACUUCGCCGACUUCCACCAGGCGCUCGGCAAGCUGUGGAAGGCGCUGGAGAGGGACCGCAACCUGCUCAAGAAACUGGAAGACUCGGCGCGCCACCUCUCGUGGUUGCGCACGGUGCACGAGAGCCACGGCUCGGUGGAGAAGUCCUCGCUGUCCCUCGCCACGGCCGUCAACGCCUGCGGCGUCUACCAGGUCGGCGCCGUCUUCCCCACGGGCAGCAAGCCCACGAUGGACUCGGUGCUGAAGCUCGUGGUGCCGGAGGCGGCGGCCGGAGGCGGCGGGGACCUUAGGGAGCAGCGCGUCUACAGCCUCGGCGAGGUCAAGGAGCUGCAGAGCAAGCUCAUGCUCAUAGCCGGGCAGCGGGAGCAGGGCAAGGAGGAGAUCGAGCGCUUCACCGAGGUCUUCGGCAACGUGUUGCGGCUCGCCGAGCUCUACCUGCAGCUGCACUGGGCCGGCAGUGUCCUCUUCCGCCGCUGGACGGCGCAGGUGUUCUGCGACCCGGGCAGCACGGUGUGCGCCAUCGUCGACUUCGGCCUGCGCGGCGUCCCCCACCUGCACGCGAUGGGCGGCGCGGGCGACGAGCUGCGGCCGCUGUGCCGCGCCAUGGACCGCUGCCUGGCCGAGUGGAAGGCCUACGUGGAGGACAAGCGGCGCGACUUCUACCACCUCAACCUCUACACGGCCGAGCAGCUGGUGCUGCUGCGCUCCGAGCUGGGCGCGCUGGCGCGGCGGACGGCCGGCGCCGGGGGCCGUGGCAGGGCGGGCGCGUCGCCGGGCGUGGCGGCCCUCACGCUGCUGUCCUUCAUCAAGGAGGACUGCACGGCCGAGCACGUCGCUCGCGCUCUCCUCGACUCGGAACGGGCGGCGCCGUCGGCGAGAGUCGGGGCCGUGGCCGGCGGCGAUCCGUCGCGCUCCCCUUCGUCGCCCGCCCCGCUCUCCUCAUCCUCCUCCUCGUCGUCGUCGUCGACGUCCUCCCGAGCGAGCCGGCUGCUGGGCGCCGUCAAGGCCCUCGUGGACCAGGACGUGGAGGAGGCGGCGGCGAAGGCGGCGGUGCAGGAGCUGGGGCCCGCGUCCGAGCGCGACCUCAUCGCCUGGGUCUUCGGCAACCUGCAGCGCCGCGACAGAAUCGCGUCGCUCAGCCGGGCGUUCGACGGCGCCGUCGCGGCGGCCGAAGAGGCGGACCGCGAAGCCGCGGCCGCCACCUCCGGCCUCCCCUGCCCUUCCCUCCUUCCGUCCGGCGACGACGACGCCGACGACGAGCGGGCGGGCGUGGGCGACCGCCUUCUCCGGCUGUGGCGGCGCUUCGCGCGGAGCGGCGCCGGCGGGCACCUCGGCGUGGGGGAGCUGGGGCGGGCGCUGGCGCGACUCGCCGCCGGGCGGCGCCCGGUGCGGCGCCGGCUGCCGGAGGGGCUGACGGCGGGGCAGCCCAACCUGGUGGUGUGCCGCGAGGCGGAGGUGUACGCGGCGGCGCUGUGCGUCUACCGGCACGGCGACGCCGAGCGGCUGCCGACGUGCGACGAGGUGCUGGUGUGCGCGCCCGACACCACGACGGAGCAGGUGGAGCUGUUCUUCAGGAGGGCCUUGGGCCGCGACGGCGGUGACGUCGACGCGGGAGACGGAGCGGGCAAGAUCUACUCGCUGGUGCACGCCGACCUGCUGAGCUACGACGCGAGCGUGCGGGCCGAGGAGGCCUUCGAGCGCCUGCGCGCCAGCUCCGACCCCUGCUACCGCCUGGUGCUGCUGUGCGGCGCCGCAGGGGAGCAUCGCUACGCCGCCUCCUCCUUCGGCCGCUUCCGCGUCGGCGCCUUCCCGCUGGCGCCCGCCGACGAGCUGCGCCGGUACCUGCGGCGCCACUUCACGGCGCCCCGGAACGAGCGCUCGCCCGCCCGCGUCUUCUCGGACCCCGUGAGCGUGCGGCUCGUCACAUCCCGGCGCGCCGGAGUCGGGAAGUCGCUGUACGUGCAGCGGCUGCACGAGUCGGUGUCGCGGACGUGCCCGGGCGGGCGCUGCACCCUGCGCACGCUGCGCCUCAUCGCCAGCGCCGUGGACGAGAGCUCCGUGCUCGCCUCCAUCGUCGACCUGCAGGAGGCCCCGGGGAAGGCCACGCCGUGCCUCUUCCACAUCGACGUCACGGCCGCCGUGCAGAAGGGCCUCAGCUCGUUCCUCUUCAAGCUGUUGGUGCUGCGCUGCCUGUGGGACCAGCGCGGCGCCGUGUGGCGCUGCCGCCCGUCCCACCUCUACGUCAUCGAGAUGCUGGAGUCCGACGUGCAACUCACCCCUCACCAGGCUCAGCGUGCCGUCGGCCUUCUGGAGCUGCUCCCGCGCCUGCGGUGCCACUCCCCCAAGGAGUGCCUCGACAUGGAGGCCCGGCUGAUGAGCCGCGGCUCCGCAGAGGACAUCCCCGAGAACCGCAUGGACCUCGAGAAUUUCGCCAGCCCUGCCUUCCAGCGUCCGUUCCAGUACCUCCGCAAGUUCCGCCUGGGCCACGACCUGGAUGCCUUCAGGUACGAGAAGGGCUCCGUGACGGGCAGCCCCGCCGAGUGGCUCCAGGUCGUGCUGCAGUACUGCGGCCUGGCGGACCCCUCCUGGGCCGAGCUGCGCAACUUCGUCCGUUUCCUCGACCGGCAGCUGCGCGACUGCGAGCGCUCGGUGUUCUGCGACCAGUCCCACGUCGGCGACACGCUGGCCGGCUUCCGGACCUUCGUCGUCGAGUUCAUGGUGCUGAUGGCGCGCGACUUCGCCACGCCGUCGCUCAACAUCUCCGACGAGAGCCCCGGAGCGGCGAGCGCACGCCGCGCGGUCGCCGGGGCGCGGAAUGUGGAGGAGGAGGCGGAGGAGGAGGAGCGAGACAUCGCCCCUUUCCAGCUCCGUGUGACGUGGGAGAGCCGCCCCCACCCGUACGUGUUCUUCAACGGCGACAGGACGUCCGUGACCUUCCUGGGCUUCCACUUGCGCCAGAACACCGAGGGCUCCCUGGACGCGGUGGAUCACCGCACGGGCGCCAUCGUCAAGCGCGCCGUCAUGAGCCGCCAGCUGCACCGCAGCCUGGUGACGCAGGGCGUGCGCUUCGACGUCGACGUGGACGCGCUGCCGCGGCACGAGAAGAUCGAGCUGCUGUGCACCGUGCUGGGCGUGCAGUGGCCGAUGGACCCGGACGACACGUACGAGCUGACGGCCGACAACGUGACCAAGAUGCUCGCCGUGCACAUGCGCUUCCGCUGCGGCAUCCCCGUCGUGGUCAUGGGCGAGACGGGCUGCGGCAAGACGCGCCUCCUGCGCUACCUGUGCGACCUGCAGCGCGCCGGCCGGCCGGCCGACAACCUGAAGCUCGUCAAGGUGCACGGCGGCACGACGGCGGCCGUCGUGCACGCCAGGGUGCGCGAGGCGGAGGAGGCGGCGCGGAGGAACCGCGAGGACUUCGGCCUCGACACGGUGCUCUUCUUCGACGAGACCAACGCGUCGGACGCCAUCCACGCCGUCAAGGAGGCGCUGUGCGACGGCACCGUCGACGGGCGGCCCUUCCGCUCCGACGCAGGCCUCGGGAUCGUCGCCGCGUGCAACCCGUACCGCCGGCGCUCGGCCGAGACGGUGCGGCUCCUCGAGGCGGCCGGCCUGGGCUACCGCGUGCGCGCCGAGGAGACGGAGGAGAGGCUCGGCCGGAUCCCGCUGCGGCACCUCGUGUACCGCGUGCGGCCCUUGCCGCCGAGCGUGGCGCCCCUCGUCUGGGACUUUGGGCGGCUGAGCGACGGCGCCGAAGAGCUGUACGUGGCGCAGAUCGUGCGCAGGCGGACGCGCGAGCGCGGCCUCCCCGAGCGCGACGCCGCCCUGGUCACCGCCGCGCUGGCGGCGUCGCAGCGCCACGUGCGGCGGCGACGCCACGAGUGCGGCUUCGCGAGCCUCCGCGACGUGGAGCGCUGCGUCGCCGUCUUCCUCUGGCUCCACGGCCGCCGGGCGACGCUCUUUGACGACCGCGCGGCGGGCGGCCCCCCCGUGUCCGGCGGCGGCGGAGAGGGAGACGCGGCGGCCGACGCGGCCCGUCCCUCGGGCUGCGUCGUGAGGUCGCUGAUCGUGGCCGUCGCCAUCUGCUACCACUCCUCGCUGCCGGAUAAGCAGGCGUACCGAGAGGAGAUCGCGAAGCUGCUGCCCGCGCCCUUCGACCGCCAGGAGCGGAUCCUGCGGGAGAUCACCGCGUGCCAGGAUCUCUUCCUGAAACGCGUGGACCUGCGCGGCACCAUCGCGCGCAACUCCGCGCUCAAGGAGAAUGUCUUCAUGAUGGUGGUGUGCGCCGAGCUCAGGAUCCCGCUCUUCCUCGUCGGCAAGCCGGGCAGCUCCAAGUCGCUGGCCAAGACGGUGGUCGCGGACGCCAUGCAGGGUCAGACGUCGCACUCCGACUUCUACAAGACCUUCAAGCAGGUGCACAUGGUCUCCUACCAGUGCAGCCCGCACUCGACGGCCGAGGGCAUCAUCGGCACGUUCAGGCAGUGCGCCCGCUUCCAGGAGGACAAGAACCUGGAGGAGUACGUGUCGGUCGUGGUGCUGGACGAGGUGGGGCUGGCCGAGGACUCGCCCAAGAUGCCGCUCAAGACCCUGCACCCGCUGCUGGAGGACGGCUGCGUGGACGACGAGGAGCCGCGGCCCCACAAGAGGGUGGCCUUCGUGGGCAUCUCCAACUGGGCGCUGGACCCCGCCAAGAUGAACCGGGGGAUCUUCGUGUCGCGCGGCGAGCCCGACGUGGCCGAGCUGCGCGCGACCGCCCGCGGCAUCUGCUCGUCGCGCGUGGACCUGCUGCCCGGGCUGGAAGGCCUCUUCGCGUCGCUCGCCGACGGCUACCUGCGGGUGCGCGCGCGGCAGGGCCGGGAGUUCUUCGGCCUGCGCGACUUCUACGGCCUCGUCAAGGCGAUGUUCGGCUUCGCGAAGGCGUCCGGCGGCGUGCCCGCACCGCGGCAGCUCCGCGAAGCCGUGCUGAGAAACUUCGGCGGCAAGGACGACGUCGACCCGCUAGAGGACUUCGCGGCGGCUAUGGGGGCGGCCGUGGCGGAUCCGGGCCCCGCGCCGAACCCGCUGGCGCUCGUCGCCGCCAACAUCGAUGGCGACCCCGAGGGCGACGAGAGCGGCCGGUACCUGCUGCUCCUCACCAAGAACUACGCGGCGCUGUCCAUCCUGCAGCGGGAGCCGUCCCUGGCCGACAGGCUGAGGGACGCCGAGGUGAUCUUCGGCUCGAGCUUCCCCGGGGACCAGGAGUACACGCGGGUGUGCCGCACCAUCAACCGCAUCAAGGUGUGCAUGGAGACGGGCAGAAUGGUGGUGCUGCUGAACCUGCAGAACCUCUACGAGAGCCUCUACGACGCGCUCAACCAGUACUACGUGCACCUGGGCGGCGAGCGCUACGUGGACCUCGGGCUGGGCACGCACCGCGUCAAGUGCCGCGUGCACCGGCGGUUCCGCCUCGUCGUCAUCGAGGAGCGCGAGGUCGUGUACGACGAGUUCCCCAUCCCGCUCAUCAACCGCCUGGAGAAGCACUUCGUCGACGUGGAGCUGGCGCUGCGGACGCCGCGCCGGCGGGGGCUCGUCCGGGCGCUGGCCGCGUGGCUAGAGGACUUCGUCGCGCCCGCCCGUGGCCCCGCGGCGCUUGCGGCGCGCCGGCCCUUUCGCGCGGGCGACGCCAUCGUGGGCCACCACUCCGACGCCUGCGCCUCAGUGGUGCUGCAGGUGACGGGCGGCGCCGACGGGGACGCCGGCGGGGACGCGGACGGGGACGCCGACGCCGCCUUGCUGGAGGCGGCCAAGGUGGUGAUGUUGAACUGCGCCACGCCGGACGCCGUCGUGAGGCUCAAGGCGUCGGCGCUGGCGGCGGAGGCGCCGGCGCUCUGGCGGACGUACUUUGAGGAGCAGGCUCACGGCUGCCUGCAGGAGUUCGUGGCGAGGCAGCUGAGGCAACGGGAGAGAAGAGGAGGAGAGGGCGGCGACGGCCUUCUGGUUGAGGUCACCACGCACUCCCGUCUGCUCACGGGCACUGACACGGCCGCGCUCGCUGAGGCCCUGGGAGUUCCGCCCGGGAACGUCUUCCUCCUUGCGCUGCAGCAGUUCGACACGGAGCAGGCGUUCUGCCGCAAGAUCCGGGAGGUUUUCUCGCUCUCCGCCGACUCGGCCGAGCGGUUCCUGCUCAUCCAGUCCGACUUCGAGGAAUCGCGACGCGGCGCCAACCUCAUCGCCUGCGCCAAGUACUGCACUAUGAAUGAGAGGGGCAGCGUGGCCGCCGGGCCGCGUUGCGGAGCGCUGCACGUGUUCUUCAUCACCAAGCUGCCGCGCGCCUCCGGGGCCUCGCAGUACGUCGGCUUCCAAGGAGGCCCGUGGCUGUCCGUGCACGUUGACGAGCUGCGGCGCUCCCAGGAGCAGCUCUCUGACGUCACGGCGGUGCUCGGCCUCUCGGUGCGCGAGCUCUUCGCACGCUGCGCCGGCAUCGACGACGCAGCCGGCGAGGAAGGCGUGUUGGCGAUGGACGUGGAGGGUGGAGGUGAUUCAAUGGAGGUGGAGGAGGAGGAGGAAAAGGAGGAGGUGGAGGAUGAAGAGGAAUCCACAGACCAGCUCGAGGAGAUGCGACCCACUGCGCGCACCGCCGCGUUCAACGCCGCCGCGCUGGUGCGCAGCUGCGUGCAGGCGGCCGCGAGUCGGCUCAGCGACCCGGCCGACCCGGGGUCGCGCUCCACCACCCGCGUCCAGCUGCUGCUGCGGCUGCUCACGUCCCACGCGGCGUUCACGAGCGUGCUGCUGGCGCGGCUGCUGCAGCUGAUGCGCCAGCGAGACGCCGCGAGCUACGAGCCGCGCGAGUGGGCGGUGCGCGUGGCCGGCGACCAGAGCGGCCUGCGUGAGGGCGGCACCUUCAGGCAAGCGCUGUGGCUGCACCUGCAGCGGGUCGUGACGCAGCUGCUGGUGCAGGUGCUGGCCAUCGUGGACCGCGACCGCAACCUGGACCUGCUGGAGCAGAGCGGAGUGCCCCGCGACCUGGACGCGCUGUGGCUGAGCAUCUUCGGGGACUCUCGCGUGCUCGAGAUCAACUACAACCCCGACCUCGGCGGGGACGAGCAGCGGGAGGUGCGCGUGGAGAGCUCCUUCAAGCGGCCGCAGGAGCAGCAGGGGCAGCAGCAGGAGGAGCAGCAGCAGGAGGGGCAGCAGCAGGAGGGGCAGCGCGGAGCGUCGGCGCCGUUCAGCUGGGUGCUGCGGCAGCAGCUGGAGCAGCUGUGGGCCGAGGCCGGACAUCUGUCGAGCGACGUAGUGGCCGCAACUCAGAGGCGCGGAGCCAAGCUCAGAGUCGCUCAAAAGCAUGAUUGUAGAGGCGAUGUGGACAUGCCCACCCUGACUGAGGAUUGCCGGUCAGAAAGGUACGAAGCUAUCCACUUGAGUGCUGAGCCGCAUAUACCGAAGUCGGAUUUCAGGAGGGAAGUAAGGAGCGAAUGGUUGAUGGUGUCGAAGGCUGACGAAAUGUCCAGACUUACAAGUGCAACAGUUGAGCCGGAAUCAACGAUCGUUAAAAUGUCAUCGAGCACCCUAGUGAGUGCUGUUUUGGAGAGCGCAGACGGCCCGCAGGCCUCGAGGGCGGACGGCUUCUGCAGUCUCUUUGGGGCGUCGCGUCUCGGCGCGCUUUGCUCCGCGCUGUCUCCCGAGUCGGCGGCGCUGCUCGCGGAGCGCUACCUGGAGGACGUCGUGAGGGCGACGUUCCCCGUCACCACGGCCGCCGAGCUGCAGCUGCUGUGCCGAGCGCUGGCGUCGGCCGCUCUGGAGGCGUCCGCGGGGCCCCUCUCCAUCGCCGCGGUGCACGCGGCGCUGGAGAUGGCGCGCCCGCGGAUCCACAACCUCCUGCGCCUGCUCGCCACCUUCCCCGAGAUCGUGCCGAGCCUCGCCCGCGGGCACCGUGACCACGACGAUGAGGUGGAGGAGGAGGUGGAGGAGGAGCGGGAGCUGGUGCUGGACGUGCGCGCCGCCCGCGCGUGCCUCCAGGCGCUCUCGCUACCCGGGGUGUCCUCCACGCCCCCCACGCCCCCCUCGCCCCUCACACCCUCCGCGUGCCAGCGCUGGCUGCGCAGGGUGAGCGGCGCGCUCGCCACGCUGGAGAGCACGCUCAGCGGCGACUACGCGCGCCACGCGGGGCCGCGGAGCCGCGCACUCGUGGAGCGGAGCAGACCUCUGCUGCACCGGUUGGAGUCGGCCUCCCUGUUUGUGGAGCUCGUGCUGCUGGAGAGCAAGGACGACGCGGCGCUCUUCAGCCUGCUCAGCAAGCAGGCGGCCUUGCUCUGGAAGGUGCUGGAGUGCAACUGGGACUUCAAACUCCUGGAGCCAUUGCAGGCGGUCAUCAACUUCCUGUGCCUGUGCAGCCAGAACGCACGCACCCUGCACUACCGGGACGGGGUGAAGCGGUGCCCGAGGUGCCACGCGGACUCGGAGGCGCUGUGCCGGCUGCCCUGCGGCCACGCGCUCUGCGAACUCUGCGCCCGACGGGAGAUCUCCCCCGCGCAGUGGCACUGCCCCGUGUGCCGCACGGCGCUGCCGCACGGAUUCCAGGCCGGCGUCGCGAAGCCCUCGCGGGAGGCCCAGAGCAAGCACCAGCGGCUGCUGCGCCGCCUCAACGCCUUCUUCUCGGAGCUGGUGUCCCAGCUGUGCUUCCGCGGCGACGCGCCUCCCUCGGCGCCCGUCGUGGACAAGCUCCUCUCGCUGCUGUUCGUGUCCGACGACGCCGGCGGCGGCGACCGCGGAGGAGGGGGAGCGACCAGGGACCUGACCCCCUUUAAGGAGUGCGUCGAUCCGAAUCCUGUGUACCGCUCCGUGCUUCUCAAGCUGCUCCUCCGCUACACCGGCAAGGAGGUGCAGCGGUUUCUGGAGCAGCAUCUGCUGAGCGUGCAGAGGAACCCGAGGCUCAAGGAGGAAGACCUCAGCCAGCUGUACGUGCUCUUCGUGAGCUGCUUCGAGGAGGCGCUCCACGCCGAGCUCGACCGCCGCUGCGGCCACGACUCCCGCGGGCGCCUGGGCGGCGCCGCCAGCUUCCUGGAGCGGCGGCUGCUCCGGCUGCCCCCCGCGGCGACGCCCGGCGGGGGGCCGCUGGCGCUCGGGGUCCUGCAGGACGUGGCCAACGCCUGCGUGGCCCUCGACGUCGUCGCAGAGAUCAUCCAGCAGCUGCACGAGGCGGGGCGGGAGGCGUCAACGGCGAGCGUGGAGGAGCGCCAGCUGCUGGAGGCCGUGCGCCGCCUCUGCUCCAUGCCCCCCUGGCGGGGUGUGGCUCCAGGUCUUGCUGCUGCGCUGCCUCGCCAGCCGCUGCGGCCUCGACGCUCUCGGCGCGCUCACACGCCAGUUCCCCUGGGCCCUGCCGCAGCAAGUCAAAAGCCAGGAGGUGGAGAUGGCUCACGCGAGGAGUUGGCGACCCACAUUGACUGGUUUCUGGCCUUCGGCGACGUCUACAGGGAGACACGCGACUCCGUGAGCGGAGCGCUUCUCACGGCGGACUACAAAGCCCUGGAGGCCAAGCUCGCGGGCUCCCAGGAUGCCGAGGGGCAGGUGGCGUUUGCGUUCGCCCUCUACAGGGAGGUGGCAGCCACCUUCACCUACAGCGACCGUGGCCUCCACGCCACCCCCGAGCAGUGCCGGGCGCUGGAGUCCGUGGCGACGCGCACGGUGCCGAGUUCCCCGAUGAGGCAGUUCUGUUCCUUGCUGCUGAACGGGACGUUGGGAGGGGCCCUGGGUGGUGGCGGCGGUGUUGGCGCGUGGCGUGGGAGCCGGGCCCUGCUGGAGCUGGCGGUGCACGCGGGCGCCACGCUGCGGGCGGCCAGCACGGGGCUCGCCGGGCCCCUCCAGGGCCUGGCGCUGCAGCCGGGCUCCAUGGCGAACUCCUUCCUCCCGACCAUGCCGGACGACCUGCUGGAUAGCGCACAAGCUUGGCAGUUCACAGACCAGGACAUGCAGCGCCAGUGGUAUCAAUGUGCAAACGGACACUUUUGCAUCGUGGGAGAGUGUGGGAGACCCAUGCAGAAGUCGCGCUGCAUUGAGUGCAGAGUGGAGAUCGGGGGCGAGAGUCACAACCCCGUGGAGGGGUUCAAAGCCACCACAAUCAUGGGCGAGCACUCGAAGCGUGGCCAUGUGCUGGGCGCACCGUCUCAGCGUGGUGCGGCGAGCACGAGCGAGCGCAACGCGUCGCCGCUCGUCGUCGCGCUGCUCAGAGCGCUGCUCCACUGCUCCAUGUUGAUCGGCUGCACCAGCGACGCCGCGGCCGUGUCAAGACUCAUCGUCCCCCCGGUGCAGAACGUGACUGCGUUCCUGCUGCAGCACCUGCAGCAGGAUGUGCAGCAGCUGUCGCGCUCCCUGAAUCGCAGCAAGGAUGAUGCGCAGCUGCUGCUGCACCUCGUGCUCGCACAGCUGCUGCAACUCAACUCACGCGUUGGCGAUCAGCGGGACCCGCUGCUGAGGCAGAGGGAGCGGCGCGCAGCCUGGGAGAAGGACUUCGCCAGGGAGUGUCUGGAGCCGGUGCUGCGGGAUCUGGAGAGGCGUCUGGGCGAGGCCCACGAGCGGGUUCGUAGCGACAGGCGCGGCGGUGCCUGCGGGCCGCUUGCGCGCCUGGUGCGCGGCGACGUGCCGUGGAUGGCGCCGGGCGCGGUGGGCGUCCACCCCGAGCUGUGGCGCUACAGGCCCAGGGCCUCGCUGCUGCAGGUGGCCACGCAGCUGGAGCAGCAGGGCCUGCAGAGCGAGCUGCCCGUGCUCACCGUCUUUCUGCAGCAGGAAAGGCACCUGCGCCUGGUUCGACACCUGCCCGAGCUGCUGUCCCUCGCCAGGGAGAUGGUGGAGCGAUUCCGGAACGUCCUUCCUGAGAAGGCCGACACCUCCAUCCGCAGCUUCCUCUCUACGAUCGCGCCCGUCUCGCUCCGCGCGGCGCUGCAGAAGAGGGUGGAGGGGUUCAUCGGCGUCUGGAACCAAGCACGGACGCUCAUCAGGGACAACAACGAACUGAAGGUGGCGGCGUCGCUGCUGGAGGAGCCUCUGGGCCUGGAGGGCCCCGUGCUGGCCCUGGUGCCGCGCCGCGCCGGGCCCGGCCUGGCCGCCACGGCGCUCGUGGCGCUGCUCGUGGCGCAGCACAACCGCGUCGUGGACACCCUGGCACGCGCAGAGGGGCACGAGCCGCCGCUGCCGGUGUGUGUGAGCGCCGUGUCCCCGCCGCUGCUCGUCUCGUACGAGCCGGCGCGCGACCUCGCCCCGCUGCUGGCGGCGGCGCGAGCCUACGUGGUGGAGCCCGGCGGCGGCGGUGCCGGCACGGCGCUCGGCGCCACCACGGAGCUGCGCGCGCUGCAGCGCCACGUCGUGCGGAGGCACGUGCGCGGCCGCCCGCCCAUCGAUAUCAAGAACAUCCCCACGCUCGUGACGCUGCACGACCGCGACUACGCACAGCUCUUCCAAGACCUGCAGAGGCAGAUCCCACAGGUCCCCUUGUUGAGCUCUCACCGGGAGCGACUUCGCGCCCAGCUGCGCUCGCCCAGCGACGCGGCGGAGGCGCUGGCGUGCGUGCAGGUGGCGCUCGGCUUCCUGGUGCCGGCUGGUGGGCGCUCCGACACGGCGCUCACCGCCUACCUCGCCCACGUGCUGUGCAUGCAGCACCAGGUGUCGGCGCACGUGCUGCAGGUGUUGGAGCCCUGCCGACUGAAGCACAUGGCGUCGCUGUGGCAGCUGCUCUCCGCUCUGCGCUCGCAGUGCCUGCUGCUGCAGGGCGAGCAGGAUCCAUUCCCCCGGCUGGACGGACGCUACCGGAGUGAGCUCACGACCCAGCAGGGCGAGCAGCUGCGCCGCUUCCUGGCCACCUGCCCGGCCGACAGCUUCCUCUUGGAGCUGCACGAGUUCAUCGCGCUGGGCCUGUGCCGCGAGCGCGCUUACGACAACUACCAGGAGCAGUGGGGGCUGAGCGAGACGCUGUCCAAUCACCUGGAGGCAAAGGGCGUGGAGCGCUCCGGGGAGCUGAGCGAGGGCUUGCCCGCCGACCUCACCGUGGCUCACAGCUUUGCUGUCUGGAAAUUGGCGCUGGCUGCGUGGGGAGGCGCCGCCAAGCCCAGCCAGCAUUGGCGCAGCUAGCCCACAUGGCUAGCGAGGGUGGCUAGCCCACACGGCUAGCGAGGGUGGCUAGCCCACACGGCUAGCGAGGGUGGCUAGCCCACACGGCUAGCGAGGGUGGCUAGCCCACACGGCUAGCGAGGGUGGCUAGCCCACACGGCUAGCGAGGGUGGCUAGACCGCACGGCUACCCCAGGUGGCUAGACCGCAUGGCUAGCCCGGGUGGUGCGACUGCGUGGCUAAAUCACGUGGCGUGACGGCUCACUCGGUUAUUGUUUUGUUGUUCUUUUAUUGUUGUUUUAUCGUCGCAUUCGACAAAUGUUUUCCUGAGAAAGGCAACGGUUCCGUACGCCACUUCCUUCGCACAUUCUCCGACUUGCACUGCCACUUCUGCGGAGAUGGCUGGGUUCAGGCCCCGGCACUCUGUGUGUGCGUCUGCGCGCGCGUCCCUCAUCACGAGGGUUCGCUUUAAACUACAAUCGGCUCGUUCCCCGACGUUCUCGCAACGACCGCGCUUCCGUCGGCGUUGCGUCGUCAGGAGACGAUCAAUCCCUUGGGAAAUAUCGUGCCGAGCAGAUAACACAGAGCUACCUCAGAGAUCACGGCAGGCGCUUGCCCUGCAGUACAUGAGUAAUGUUCAUCGGGCGACAGUCAAACCAUCGCCCGAUGAAUCAUACCGCGUCGGGUACUAAUGUAGCGCUGAAUCGACCUAGACGAUGCCCAGGACAAGAUGAGAUAAUUUACACUGAUAUUAGCACGGAGGGUGAAUCAAACGGAGGUUGGCGUAUUCGCCGCGACGCGGCCCCACUCUGCUUUCAAACCACGCCGCCCGCCCGGGGGAGGUUUUUAACAUCCAAGCGUGAGCGAAGCAUGGGGGGGCACCGUCGUUUUACGGUCAAAUACACCCGGGCUGUAUUAACCAGGGCGGACGCCGGGCUCGAACCAAAUUGCCACCGUGGGCUGCAGUUAAAAAUAAACUAUUUUUAUACUCAUAGGUUUUUUCGGUAAAGUCACGUAGGUAAAAAUAAAUAAUAAAAGUAGAAAUAAUAUAAAUUAUUUUCAAGUAAAUCUAGCUGUGACGGUCCCACCUGAUGACGGAGACUUGUGUUGCCUCCGAAACGUCGUGAUUUAUUUCUAUUAUUAUUUCAACUUUUAUUAUUUAUUUUUUACCUACGUGACUUUACCGAAAAAACCUAAGAGUAUGAAUCCUUGCAGUCACGAAAGCUUCAAAUCUAGAAUUAUUUUUCAUUUUACCAGGUUGAAGGGCUCCACUGAGCUAUGUAGCUCUUUAUCCAGAAGCGACAUGGCUAUCACAAAUGAUAGCUCAACUCACUUGCUUAUCAUCGCGAGGAAAUAUAUAGCGGCCAAAUACUCUGAACGCACAUUGUUGAUUCUAAAUGUGGAGGGAAAACCUUGACCUGGAGAAAAAUCCACGCGACCACGGGGAGAGAGACACGCAAACUCCAAAUGUACAGCAGCAGCAGGCGUCAGUGUCGGCAUCGAACCCACGACCUCCUGUGUACAGGUGAGGUAGUUAACGUCUCACCGCCGUGGAUGCUGUUGAUCUCGUGUGGGUCAACGUGGCACAGCAGCAACAGCCCCCCCCCCCUCGUGGACUGGCAGCCUCCUGUACCCGCCUGUGAGGCAUAGCGCCCUCUUGCGGGAAAGCCUCGUGCUGCAGAAGUUACAACAGCGGAAAUUACAACCGCUUCCGCGAUAAGCCAUAUAAAUGUAUACAUACGUUCUCACCGUUGCAUAAAUGCCCACGAUUGUGAAGUGAUUUUAACAGAGUAAAUGUCCGUGUUUGACGUAC